AUGCCGAAACGCAGUAGGGAAGAAAAGAUCGAGCGUUAUCGGAAGAAAAUAAGGAAGUUACAAGAAAAUAAAAAGACUUACCGCCGUCGGAUUAUUGAAUCUGACGAUGAAGACGAAAAUCAAUGCUACCUAGAAUCGCCGUCCGAGGCAUGUAUUAAUAUACAAGAACCUCAAGACAACGAUAUUUUGAUACCAAAUGACGAAUUGGUACAGAACCUAUUAAGCGAUUGUCCAACCGAAGCGAAGUCAGCAGAAAACAUUUCUGCCGACCCGCCAAACCUAGAAGAGCCUUCGUUAGAUCCUGAAUUGCUCUCAGCUCUGGGUGAAACGGAAUCCGAUUCUCCAGAAUAUGGCGAAAAAAUCUUAGACAGCCAAGCCAAGUUAUGGCUACCAAUUCUAAAGAAAGGCGUUCCUAAGGAAGCCAAGGACAAACUGCUCAAAGAAUACGCUGUACCAGACAAUUGUCGCCUCCUGCAAGCCCCAAAACUAAAUGCAGAAAUCGCAGCAGCUCUUCCAGACAUGGUCCGAAACCGAGACAAGAGUUCACUCUUGGCUCAGCAGCAGCAGCUAGGCUUGGGAAUAACAGCGUGUAAUAGAGCACUAGACCUAUUACUAUUGAAUGGGGACAAAGUUCAGGCGAUCAAGCACCUGAAACAUCAAAGCUGCGAAAGCAAUAGAGAAGCAAGGGCUUCAAAUAAAGAAAGGACCAACCCAAAAAGCUCCAGUGACGUAUCCUCAGCAAGCUGGCGCUCGUCCGUCCUACCAGGGAAACUGGCAAUCUCCUCGCUUCCAGUCGAACAGAGGGGGGCGGGGAGGGAACCGACGCCAUCCUCCAGCACCGCAGAUGCGCCGGAACAAUCAAACCAACAACACAAAGAACGCUCAACAGAGCAAACCUCGUGCGCCAGCGCAGCAGUAACACAGAGAUCAACACCCGCUCAGCUCCAACCUUACCCUGGCGGCUGCGAAGCUCUGCGGCAAGCCUUUGCUCAGCGAGGUUCCCCCCCAGAGGCAAUCACCUUAAUGCUCGCUUCGCUAGCUGACAGCACUAUGAAGCAGUAUAAUGUUACACUAAAGCUUUGGUGGCAAUAUUGCUCAGAACAAGACAUUAAUUUAUUUGCGCCUUCACAUACAUCAGUGCUAUCUUUUUUAAGUACACAGUUCUCUAAUGGAUGUUCCUAUAGUAGUUUAAAUAGCCAUCGCUCCGCGUUGUCGUUACUCUUAGGCAACAGCUUUACAUCGAAUGACGAUGUCAAGCGGUUGCUUAAGGGAGCGUACAGGUUAAAACCGGCCACACCUAAGUACUCCGGUACUUGGGACCCGCAAUUGGUUCUGAAUUUUGUUUCACGAUGGCACCCUAAUGCCGAAUUAUCACUAGAAAAAAUAACGAAGAAGCUAGUUGUUCUCCUAGCUAUCUGCACUGCACACCGAGUGCAAACUCUCUCACUUAUAAAGUUAGAAAAUAUCAGUUUUUCAGAACAAGGCGCAAAAAUUUUUAUAACGGAUUUAAUUAAAACCUCUGCUCCGGGUCGUCAGCAACCUAUUCUGAAAUUGCCAUACUUUGCUGAGAAUAUCAGCAUAUGCCCUGCUACAGCUCUCAGAGACUAUAUUUUUGUUACAAAAAAUAAGAGACCUGCUAGCACGGGUAGAUUAUUAUUAACAUUUAAAGCGCCACACAAAGCAGCGACAACUCAGUCGAUAAGUCGUUGGAUCAAGCAAGUGCUGUCAGAUAGCGGAGUUGACACGACAGUGUUUAGCGGACAUAGUACGCGACAUGCCGCGACUUCGGCCGCUCACUCACGCGGGGUGUCCAUGGAUACCAUUCGCAAAACGGCUGGCUGGACCAGCUCCUCUAACACUUUCGCAAGGUUCUAUAAUCGUGAAAUCCUUGAAGAAGAAAGCUUUGCCACGUCCGUAUGCCUAAAUUAAGAUUAUUUUAAGCUACAUUUGCUCUUUAAUUAUAAAUUAUCUACCUGAUUACUA